GAAGACUUUUCUGCACACCUCUAAGAUCAUCGAUUCGAAAUGGCGUGGGUAAACAGGCUCAACGAUUGCCAACAAUGGGUUAACCGGUACUUGAACGGACCGCCGAUGAGUAUCGAGUAUACAUUCAACGAGGCCAUUGGGGAUCAAGAGUUUACUGUGUACUGGAGGGCAACAUGUUUUGUCAACAACAUUCCCUAUGUCGGACCGCCUCGAACGUCCAAGAAGGCUGCUAGAGACGCGGCAAGCUAUGAAGCGUGUCUGGAAUUGGGAAUCUUCAGGCCACCACCACCACAUCCCUUCGAUCCCCGGUUCCUGAUUGAGGAAAACCUCUAGAAUGACUUUUGAGCCCUCUUCACAUCUGGAUAUAAUAUGUAUACCCGCUUAAUACUGAAGAAUUUUUCACUUCAUGCUGAUUUUUGGAUUCAAACGGGCUAUUUUGGGUCGAAUAUCCGGAAGUCGAGAACGAGUCCACAAUAACGGGUUGAACACCCUUCGUCGAAAGGAGGAAAUGUGACGGGUCACAACAAGC